CUCUUACGGGGUAAUAAACUAGGCGUGACACAAACGUGACAAUCAACAAAGAGAAAAUCCCCAAAUCUGCCCUACUUGCAAAAGAAAAAUUAAGGAGCCGCCGCCGAGAUCGAUCGUUGUGCUAUGACAAUGGACUGGCGACGGAAGUGGAGACCUAAGCAUUAGCCGGACGCACCUGUCGGACUACAUGAAUUACCUCCGACCAUGCACCCUACUGCCAAAACGAGAAAAGAACCUCCAGCUAUCUUUCGUUUCUCGACCCCUGGGCAAGUGGGGCAUACCGUUGGAGGGGCUUUGCGAUACAACAUGCAGUUGCUGAGGGGGAAAUGGUUAUUAAUAGCUUUUGAGUUAGUUGCCCUUCUGGCUGUGCGAGUGUUGAAAACAACCUUCCCUGUCCUCUCUCUCCAUCCUGCAGACUGGGUAGGGAAAGGCCGUAGUCAGGUCAGAAUUCCCACGGGCGAAAAAAGAGUAGAUUGGAGAUCCGCGGAUAUCCCGAUAUGUCUCCUUUGCGUGAGAGUUCGGUAUUGAGGGCCGAGGCUACUACUAGUAUUAGAUAGUACCCUUCGGUGUCAAAAUU